AUGUCGACUGAUAUGAAUAAACACCGUCGUCAUCUUCAAAUGGUUUUUGAGAGGCUACAGGAAUAUUCACUCACAAUCAACUUAGAGAAAUGCGCCUUUGGAAAAGAUGAAGAAAACUUCCUUGGUUACAAACUGAGUGCAGCAGGAUAUUCUCCUUCACCAGACCGAGUAGAGAAAAUUAUUAAUUAUCCAAAACCUUCGACAGUUAUAGAACUCAGAAGAUUUUUGGGCAUGGUGAACUAUUAUCGUAAAUCAAUUCCUCAAGCAGCAAAAGUUCAAGCACCACUUUAUGAGUAUUUGAAGUCCUCCGUUGAAAAUGACAAGACUCAAAUUGUAUGGAAUGACACCUCAUUAUUAGCAUUCAGCAAGCUGAAGGAAGCUCUAGCAAAUGCAAUCAUUUUCCUUCAAGCAUAG